AUGGUUGCCGUUGGACUGAUGCGGGCAACUAUCCUGCUGUCUCUGCUGGUGGCAAUUCUGGCCUCUGCCACCACCUCCGGCGACGGAAAUCAGAAUCCGACGUUCCUACAUUCUUUCCCACAAGCCUUUCCUGUGACUUCCCUCGCAGGAGCCCACACCUUAGACAAACGCAGCCUGUCUUUCAGCUCUUGCACGGGCGUCUACGACCGCGAACUCCUUGUAAGGCUCGACCGCGUGUGCGAAGACUGCUACAACCUCUACCGCGAUGUCGGGGUGGCAGCAGAAUGCAGGAGUAACUGUUUCCACAACGAGGUGUUCCUCUACUGCGUGGACUACAUGUUCCGGCCUCGCCAGAGCAACCAGUACCGGGCCGCCCUGCAAAGGCUCGGCAAGUAG